ACGUAACCUGCUGCUCGAAGAAACCAGGAAAUACUACUGUAAUUGUUAGUGUUGAACCACUCUCGGAGUGUCCACGCAUACCGGCAAUGCCGGACAUCAAAAUAACACCGCUCGGCGCGGGACAAGAUGUGGGCCGCAGUUGCAUCUUGCUGUCGAUGGGUGGCAAAAACAUCAUGCUGGACUGCGGCAUGCACAUGGGCUACAACGACGAGCGACGCUUUCCCGACUUCAGCUUCAUCAUUCCGGAGGGACCGAUCACGAACCACAUCGACUGCGUGAUCAUAUCACACUUCCAUCUCGAUCAUUGCGGUGCUCUGCCGUACAUGACGGAGAUGGUCGGUUACACCGGGCCGAUCUACAUGACGCACCCGACGAAAGCGAUCGCACCGAUUCUGCUAGAGGACAUGCGUAAGGUAGCCGUCGAGCGGAAGGGUGAAAGUAACUUUUUCACUCCGCAAAUGAUCAAGGAUUGCAUGAAGAAAGUGAUCGCGGUCACGCUGCACCAGAGCGUCAUGGUCGACAGUGAGCUGGAGAUCAAAGCCUACUAUGCCGGGCACGUCCUUGGCGCUGCAAUGUUCUGGAUUCGCGUUGGGUCCCAAUCGGUCGUGUACACUGGCGAUUACAACAUGACCCCGGAUCGCCAUCUGGGAGCGGCGUGGAUCGAUAAGUGCAAACCCGAUCUGCUCAUCACCGAGAGCACUUAUGCGACGACGAUUCGCGACUCGAAGCGCUGCCGGGAGCGUGACUUCCUGAAAAAGGUACAUGAGUGCGUAGCCAAAGGAGGAAAAGUGCUCAUCCCGGUGUUUGCACUCGGGCGUGCCCAAGAACUUUGCAUCCUGCUCGAAACGUACUGGGAGCGUAUGAACCUCAAGUACCCGGUGUAUUUCGCGGUCGGAUUAACGGAAAAGGCAAACAACUACUAUAAGAUGUUUAUCACAUGGACAAAUCAGAAAAUCCGCAAAACCUUCGUACAACGUAACAUGUUUGAUUUCAAGCACAUUAAACCAUUCGACAAAGGCUACAUCGACAAUCCGGGCGCGAUGGUUGUGUUUGCCACCCCAGGCAUGCUGCACGCUGGUCUCUCGCUACAAAUCUUCAAAAAGUGGGCCCCCAACGAGAACAACAUGGUCAUCAUGCCGGGCUACUGCGUGCAGGGAACGGUUGGCCAUAAGAUUUUGGGUGGUGCGAAAAAGGUAGAGUUCGAAAAUCGACAGGUCGUGGACGUGAAAAUGUCCGUCGAGUACAUGAGCUUCAGUGCACACGCGGACGCGAAGGGUAUCAUGCAGCUGAUCCAGUUCUGUGAGCCACGCAACGUCAUGCUCGUGCACGGAGAAGCGGUAAAGAUGGAGUUUUUGAAGGAGAAAAUCAGGGAGGAAUUCAAGAUCGAGUGCUACACGCCGGCCAACGGUGAGACGUGCACGAUCAGUACGCCCAUCAAAAUACCCGUCGAAACAUCGUUGUCGAUUUUGAAGGAUGAAGUGAAGAAAUACAACGCCCAACCACCGGACCCAAAAAGGCGACGAAUCAUCCAUGGGAUUUUGGUGAUGAAAGACAAUAAAAUAUCCCUGAUGAGCAUAGACGAGAUCUUCAACGAAGCUGGUAUCGAUCGACAUGUGAUAAGAUUCAUCUCUAAAAUAAAACUGGAUGACCCUGGACCGCCGAUGCGUACGAUUGAGAAGCUGUACAAUAUGCUCAAUGAGCGUCUUUCGGGAUGGACAGUAACGAUGAAUGAUAACAAUUCCAUCAACGUGGAAUCGGUGAACAUCAAGAUUGAAACAGAGGAUGUGCCUAAUACGGCCGCCCAACAUGGCCAGUCGAGUGUAGUUAGCGGGCACAAGAUUUGCAAUGUAUCAUGGGUGAAUCAAGACGAAGAUUUGGGCAGUUAUAUUCUCGGUCUGCUGCAAAGCCUAUGAGGUUAACGCUAACGAGUAAUGUUUAUCACAAAUCAAUUCAAUAGAAGAAAUAAACUGAAAACUGUCUGUU